CAGCUUUUGAACCGUCCUUUCACCAGCCAGGAGUUAGAAAGUUGUUCAAUACACCGAGUCCAAGAAUUUACGGUUCAGAAAAAGGGGUUCUUCGAUAGAAAACAAGAAAAAAAAGACUGCAAUCAUGAAUCAGAGUGAAUGGGCUCCUGUAGUCUCAGUUUCGCGGGUUUACGCUCAUGUAAAUGAGGAGUUUCCCCGUGAGUAUUGGGACUAUGAAAACAUGGAAGAAACUUUUGGGUAUCAGGACAAUUACGAAAUUUUACGGAAAGUGGGACGAGGAAAAUACAGUGAGGUUUUCGAAGGAAUAAAUGUUUUGAACAACUCUAAAUGUGUUAUAAAGGUGCUGAAGCCUGUUAAAUAUAAGAAGAUCAAGCGUGAAAUCAAAAUUUUACAAAACUUAACAGGAGGCCCUAAUAUCAUAGCUUUGCUUGAUGUUGUUCGUGAUCCAGAGAGUAAAACACCUUCCUUAAUUUUUGAAUAUGUAGAUAACAUUGAUUUUCGGACACUGUACCCUACAUUAUCUGACUAUGAUAUUCGAUACUAUUCAUAUGAAUUGCUGAAGGCAUUGGAUUUCUGCCAUUCCCGAGGUAUUAUGCAUCGUGAUGUAAAACCUCAUAACGUUAUGAUUGAUCACAAAAAUGGAACACUCCGCCUAAUCGAUUGGGGUUUGGCUGAAUUUUAUCAUGCGGGAAUGGAGUAUAAUGUUCGUGUCGCUAGUCGAUAUUUCAAAGGGCCAGAACUUCUGGUUGAUUUUCGUGAAUAUGAUUACUCGUUGGACAUUUGGUCCUUUGGUGUUAUGUUUGCUGCAUUGAUUUUCAAGAAAGAUACCUUCUUCCGUGGUCGCGAUAAUUAUGACCAGUUGGUUAAGAUUGCGAAAGUCUUGGGAACGGAUGACCUUUUUGCUUACAUUCAAAAAUACCAAAUCGUUUUAGACAGACAAUAUGACAACAUCCUUGGGCAUUACCCCAAGCGUGACUGGUACUCUUUCGUGAAUCGAGAAAACCGACAAUUGGCGAAUGACGAUGCCAUUGAUUUUCUUUCGAGACUUCUUCGUUACGAUCAUCAGGAGCGGUUAACCUGUAAAGAAGCAAUGGCGCACCCUUAUUUUAAUAUUUUGAAGCAGUUGUAAAUUUAUUUACUGAAUUAUAAUAUCCCUAAUUGCAUUUAUAAUGGAUAUUUUUUACACACCAAAAUCAUGGAAAUAUCGACUCAUUGCUUGGAAAACGCCAAUUUUUCAGCUCAGGGCACGUUCGAUAGUCGUUGGUUUAUACUCUAGUUGUUUUCAGCAUAUGUAGCUGAGUUUCUGAGAUUCUUUUUGAUACAGGUGGCUCAAAAAGUUGUAAUUACCACUUAAUGGCAGCCCUCAUUUCCUCCCUUCACUUUUGUUCCCGAAUGGAAAGGUAUGAUACUUCCUUUUCAAAUUAUAGGCAUUUAUCAUAAUAAAAAUUCCUUCCAUAAGCUGCUUGAUUUCUUUUUUUUUUAUUUUUUUAUUUGCAAUUUCACUUUCUAUGGAUAUCGCGAUUCCAAUAUGUUUAAACAUAGACAAAUGGGAGAACUAAAUUUGUAAUAAAAUCAACAGAGAAGAGAAUUCAUUAACAGAAUAAGAUAUUUUAUGUAUAGAACAGCUGAAAUAUAGAAGUUGCUUUUGUUAGUACGAAUAGACAAAUCGACAAUGCCUUGAUAUUUGUCUCUUUUUUUUUUUUUUUUUUUAUUUUAUUAAACUUUUCUGAUUUACA